AUGGCUGUGGAGGGCGCGUCGGCCGCAGGAGAUGUGCUCAGGGCGAAGGCUUCCAAAGAAGUCAAAAGAUUCUUGAAGCAGGAGUACAUUGUUGCAAUUGUUUCCGGGCGAUGGUGGGCGAUGGUGGUCAAGGUGCCGAAGACCAUAAUCGCGCGGUUCGAAAUGCUUCUAGGCCCGCUGCCUGCACUGCAAGGCGCGACUACCGAGCGUACAGGGCUACUUUGGAAUGAUAAGGAUACAGAACGAUCCAAAGAAAAAAUCAAAAAGAAAAUAUUGUGGUAUGGCGUCUCCCCCCGCCGGACACUCGCACCACUCGUACAAGGUAUGAGCCCUCAUCCCUGA